CAUACGAGCGUCACAUUGUUUUAUUCUUGAGUUUUUUUUAAAUACAUUUUUAAUUAGAAGAUAUUUUCCCCGCUGUUGAUGGACACUUGUUUUAAGCUCCCUGGAGAGAUUGUUUUCCUAUGCUGUACACAGCAAGUACUUGCCAGAAAUUCCCGUGUCUUUCAUAAAAUACAUAUUUGUAUAUCUUCCAAUCCGUCCCAAAGCCGUGGUCGUUUUUCCAUGUCGCACAGAACCUCCACAAGUUCCUUUCACGAACAAAAUAUUUGAGUAGUGCAGAUCUAACUUUGGGUAAAGACAAAGCUGAAAAGUGCCAGAAAUUUCUGCAUUGUUGUCUCACCAGCUCUCAAGAUUUUUGGAUAUGAUUGUUUCUUCAAAAAUAUGUGGUUAAAAACAUCUCAACCGCUUAAACGGGAGUAAGGCCCGGUCCAAAUCAAGUGAUCGUCGUCCCACGUAGGACGUAAACAGCCAGCACUUGCCAAAGACAUCUGGACACUUACAUGAGCUCGAGAAGCCCUUCAUUAUCUCAUUACAGUACGCACGUGUAUACACCCCCCCCCCCUCCAAAAAAAAAAAAAAUGCAGGCAUUAUAAAAUGUUGUCCGCUUGUGCAAACAAAAAAAAUGUUUAUGGCGGGGAAAAGUCCACCCGUCUCGUUAAGUGCAGCCGAUAAGAACGCGGACGCAAGAAGAGCAACGAAGCGGUCGCCAAAAUGGUCGCCGGUGGGAAUUUGCUUUUCCUUCUCUCGGCGCUUUUGCUUUUGCUUGUGACGGCGACCGGCGUGGAGGCCCAAGAACUUUGCAGCGCUCGGCCGGAGGUGUACGUGGAGGAGAACAACGAGGUGGACCAACUGGUGGAGACCAUCGUCGUGGAGGAUGGCGCCGUCCCCUUUCUGGACCCUUCCGCCAACCUCCCGUUCAGGCUGGACGGCAAUCAGCUCCUGGCCACUGGGGUUCUGGACUACGAGACGACCACGACUUACGUGGUCAAGGUGACUUGCAGGAAGCCGCUCUUGGAGUACGACCUCAUCAUUGUGGUAGUCGUGUUAAACGUGAACGACAACAAACCAUUCUUCGACGCGAGCCUGUACCAGAUCAAAGUGGACGAGCUGCUAAAAGUGGGGACGGGCCUCGACCAAUUUCCCGCCAAAGACCUGGACCAAGGCACUACGCUCUACUACGAGCUGAAACCAGUAUCGAGUCACUUUAAACUGGCGUCAUCCGAAAAUCCUCAACUGGUCAUCCGGGACAUUCUGGACUAUGACAAAGUCCAAAGUGUCCAGCUGGUCUUGUAUGCUCAGGACACACCGUUGUCAGGACCUGCUGGCGAGGUUUCAUUCACCGCCAGCACCACCAUUCAAGUCACUGUGGUCGACGUGGACAACAGACCGCCCUGGUUCCAGCCCUGCAAGAAACACCCGAUGAACACCACGGUCGUCUGCCAGAGCGCCGGAUACACCAGCCGGGUGACCCUCAACGAAGCGCAGGCCGGACACUUAACGUUAAAGCCAAAUUCACUUCACGCUAUCGAUGGCGACACUGGGAUCAAUGAGGCCAUAAUCUACUCCUUCCUGAGCGGAAACGAGGGCGGCCUGUUCGACAUCAAUCCGACCACUGGCAACAUCAGCAUGCUGAAGCCAGCUAACGUGUCAGGAACCAUCAGUCUGACAGUUCUGGCUGCCCAGACACCGACCAGUUCUCAGUUUGCCACCACGAGUCUCACAAUCAGCGUUCAGGUGAAGAGCCUCCACAAACCAAAAUUCCAGAGACCUCAGUACCAGGGUGUGGUCUCUUCGGUGGGCGCCAUGGCAACAGACCCGACCAACGAGGAUGAGCCGCUUCAGAUUGUGGCCUUGGACGAGGAUUACGCCAUCCUGGGGGGCAUAAACCCUCACAUCGUCUAUCGCGUCAUCGGACGCAAAGACUUCUCCAUCAUUAAUGGCUUCCUGUUCAUGACCAACAACGUCCCAGAAACGACGUUAUCUCUGCAAGUGGAAGCGGUGGACACGUCCAAUGACGAAAAGGACUCAGUGGGGCUCUCGGUGGAGGUGAAAUCAGGUCUCACCACCACUGCUUUGCCCCUGAGCACCACUGAAAGCAUGACCAGCCUCCCAACUACUGAUGGCGGAACUACUGUUCAAGUGGAAUCCACCACUAACCCCAGUACCACCAACCUUGGUACCUCCACUGAGGGCAGAACCACUGAACCGACGGAGUCCACCACCAACCCCGGUACUCCCACCGACAGCAGCGUCUCAACUGGUGUCACUGCCACCAGCGAAUUCGUGACUUCCACCGCCACAGAAUCACCGACCAGCCCCGGGAACCCUCACACAGACAAGGUUCCUAUCCCACCGGGCGGUUUCGGGCCAGGAGACAUGGCGGCGCUCGGGGCGACUCUGGGCGUUCUUCUCUUGGUCUGUGCGGUAGUCAUCGGGGUGCUCAUUUGUCACUUGCAGCGAGGAAAAGCGGACUGGAGGAAGAUCCACGAAGCCAGCGUGUUCCGCAGCCACCUGGGUCAGGGCUCUGGCGGUGAGAAGCAGGGCGUCCAGUACACUAACGAGGCUUUCCAGCACGACGACGGCGGCAGCGUGGGCUCCGGGGGACCGUAUGUCACCCGGGCAGAACAGGGGCCGCCAAACGACACGGCCCUCGAGUCCAGGGCGACGGCGCUGGGCACCCUCCUCGAUGACGACGACGUCAGCCAGACGAGCUCAGACAAGGGAAAGGAGGUGAAGCCCAUCCUGACCAAAGAGCGUCGCCUGGAGGAAGGCUACAAGGCCGUUUGGUUCAAGGAGGACAUCGACCCCGACGCCAAGGAGGAGGUGGUCAUCAUUCCCGACAGCAGGGAAGACAACAGCGACGACGAAGAUGACAACGGUCCCGCUAAAAGCUCCAAAGUGGGUUUUGCAGAGGCCGACCUGGACAGCGGACUGGGAGUGAAGAUGGAGGAUCCGGCGGACGACUCGGAAGGUGACGACGUUCUGAACGUCGACCUGUGAGAAGGGUGUGGCGGAGGGCCGUAAAAAGAUGAUGAUUUAUCAGAACUGACUCGGUGGAGUCACACAGAUGCAAUUGCGAACCAACCGCACCUUAAAGUCACUGCCGGGUGGGAAGAUAAAGUGUUCAAAAACACGUACGCUGUCACUGGAUACAAAUUAUUGUUUGCUUUUGUGGACGUGAGACUGCAAAGUUCACAGUCGUGGAAAGUGAAAGCUAACCAGCUACUAAGAGAAAAUUUUUGCUUCCAUAUUUACCGGAAGGUUUCUUAGUUCCCAUCUUAAUACCACCAGUGAAGUAACUCCGCUGGGACGCUGUUGUAGCUAAUGAUUGACAUUUGUAUACAAAUAUCACAGUAGUUAAUUUUGGUGAUGAAAAGGCAAUAUAUAUAUAUAUAUCUGAGAUCUGGAAAAUAAAUAAAGGGUUUUAGCAGAAGGCAAAUUUCAGGUUGAAAUAAUUAACUCCAAAGAUUUCCACGGUAAAAUAUCACAUGACUGAGUUGCUUGUAAUUAAAUCGAUGUUUAAUGCGCUCAAAAUGAACAAAUUCAAGGAUUUGUUUUUGUCUUUGCCGGAAGUUAAUCCUCGAAAUUCCCUAAAACCACAUGCUAAUUUAGCUAGAAGCUAAUGCUUCAGUUGUGUUGUAGCAGUUUGUAAUUUAAUCUGGUCAGAUAUCUGUCAUAUUUGAACAAUAAAUAUUUCUUUCUGGAAAUUGCUGAGGUGGCGUCAAUUUCAAAACCACCACAGGAGCAGCAAACUUAGCUAGCAGC